CCAGACUCUCCCUCAGUCUACACAGAUCUGUCAUCAAAUAAAUGAAGCAACAUGCUAAUGAAGGUUCUUCCUGAGGAGGGUAGCGACUAGUAAUCAGUCUGACAGCGACCGGGUACACAUCGAGGAUCCUGCACCCAAAACUCCGCACUCAGCCCAGAGAAGAUGAACACAGAGCCUGUGGUGAUUGUUUCUGCUGCUCGGACUCCUAUAGGGUCUUUCAAUGGAGCAUUGAGCAGCAUGUCCGUUGCUAAUUUGGCUUCAGUCGUCAUUAAAGAUGUCCUGAAAAGAUCAGGUGUAAAGCCAGAAGAGGUGUCUGAAGUCAUAAUGGGACACGUCCUCACAGCAGGACAGGGUCAGAAUCCCACACGUCAGGCUAGCGUCAGAGCAGGAAUCCCAUACCCAGUGCCAGCAUGGAGCUGUCAGAUGGUGUGUGGAUCUGGUCUGAAAGCUGUGUGUCUGGGAGCUCAGUCCAUCAUGAUGGGAGAGUCAAAUGUGGUGGUGGCAGGAGGUAUGGAGAGCAUGAGUCAGGCACCUCACACAGUGCAAAUGAGGUCAGGGGUAAAGAUGGGUGAUGCUGCACUGCAGGACACUCUAGUGGCGGAUGGACUCACAGAUGCUUUUCACAAGUACCACAUGGGUAUUACAGCUGAAAAUGUGGCUAAGCAAUGGGAUGUGACCCGAGAAGCUCAGGAUCAUUAUGCUGUCACCUCACAGAACAGAACAGAGGCAGCCCAGAAGGCAGGAUACUUUGACCAGGAGAUUGUGCCAGUUACCGUUCCUUCAAGAAAAGGUCCAGUAGAAGUGAAAGUCGAUGAAUUCCCUCGUCAUGGUAGCUCUAGGGAUGCCAUGUCCAAGCUAAAACCGUGUUUUGUCAAGGAUGCAUCUGGCACAGUCACUGCAGGCAAUGCAUCAGGAAUAAAUGAUGGAGCUGCAGCUACUGUGCUCAUGAGCCAGGCAGAGGCUCAGAGACGGGGCUUACGUCCAAUGGCUCGAAUCGUCUCCUGGGCUCAGACCGGCCUUGAUCCAUCCAUCAUGGGCACCGGACCAAUUUCUGCCAUCAAAAAAGCAACAGAGAGAGCAGGCUGGAAGCUUGCUGAUGUAGAUCUGUAUGAAAUCAAUGAAGCCUUUGCUGCUCAGUGUCUAGCAGUUCUUCAAGAGCUCAGCCUGAACCCAGACAAGGUGAAUGUGUGUGGGGGAGCUAUCUCCCUGGGUCAUCCUCUGGGUAUGUCAGGCUGCAGGGUGCUGGUAACACUCCUACAUUCUCUUCAGCGGACUGGGGGCACAAAAGGGGUCGCUGCUCUGUGUAUUGGUGGUGGAAUGGGAAUCGCUAUGUGUGUAGAGAGAGUCUGAGACAGUUCUUAUUCUCAUACCGUCAUACAUAUAGAUUGCUGUUCUAGAAAACUGGAUCAGGGCUUACAUACUUACAUUAAUUACAUCUGUCCAUACUGAUUCAUAAAUAAAUUCUAUUUUUCUAAUUUAGUAAUUUAUUUUAAUUUCUGGUUGAGGGUGCUGGUCAAAAACACUACACUAAUUUGUUUUUUAAAUCCUUACUGAUGUACUGUCUCAAGUAUUUGUUUACCAUUUAUUUUGAGUGUAAUGCUUAGGAUCAGAUGUGUGUAGCUGGUAAACCAACAAAGUAGUCUUAAGGAUCGUCAGAGGUGUGUUUGGGAGCAGAAAGCAUUGUUUAAUCUGGAGCCUUUAAUUAUGAUGUAUUAGAACAGAAGGAUGCUCUUUGCUGUCCAUCAAAGUAAAGGGAGAGUAGUACAAUGCAAUAUGAGUGGGUGAUGUACCAAAGCCACAGAUUAUAGACAACUAACCAAAGUUCUCUCAAACAUGGUGAAAUAUGACUAUUAUGUAACUGUUUUUGUGUGUAAAGCCAUAUUUAGCAGCUUGAUAUAAGUAGAAUUGGAUUCUGAAAGUGUUCAGUUGUGGUUGCCAUUUUUACCCAACAAUCUACACUUAAUGACCUGAAAUGAUGAGGUGGAAACAAGUUUGUUUGCAUUUUUACUAACUUAAUUCAUCAUUGUGAUUAAGUGUAGAUUGAUUGCAGUCAUAUCCAUUCAAAAGCGUGCGAAAACUCAAGAGGUCACAUUAACAUAUUUUUACUAGCCAGUCAGUGUAGUGGUGGGUUACAUUUUUGAUGCUUAUGCUUUGAACUUUCCAAGCUGAUUGGCCAGCCCUCAUACUAAUCGUUUUUCUGACCAUCCAAUGGCAUCUGACAGCUGUACAAAUGGUACCAAAAAGCAGUCAUAAUACACAGGUUCUUCAAAAAGUUUCCGCACUUUUUAAACUCUAUUAAGAAUUUCAAAAACGAGGCCACUCAGGUGGUGCAGCGGUGUCAUCGAAUACAUCGCAUCGAGUCUCAGCUCUGCAUGCCGGCUGGGCUGAGCAGCCACAUAAACAAUGAUUGGCCUGUUGUUAAUAAAUAUAUAUAUAUAUACGUAUAUAUAUAUAUAUAUAUAUAUAUAGCCACAUCAUCAUCACAUGAAAAUCUUCUUCCCCUUAAAGCUUCUUUGAGCGUCAAAAAGAGUGGAAAUCAGAUGGCGCUAAAUCCGGACUAUAAGAAUUUCUCAGUCUCUCAGAUUUACUACUACCAAUUACUACUCCUCUCACCCUCACCAUUUCCAAUGAAAAUAUAACAGUGCAGAAACUUUUUGAAGAUCCCUUGUAUUAUUUGAGCUGUAAAAAAUUUCAAAGUAUCGAAACAAUGAUAAAGUAUCUUCAGACAUUCCAGUUCCUCUACAUGUUGCAUGGCUCUAUAUGCUAUAUAGUGUGUAUACUUCUCUCUCCCUGUAACAUUCACAUCAGGUUUUUAUUACCUAGUUAUCUGCUAUGUGCUACACUAAACUUGCCUUAACCCACACAUGGUUACUAUGUGCCAAAAUGCUUAAUUAACCUAAUUAAUUCAUGUCUGUAAAAGCUGUGUAUAAAAUACAAAUAUGCUGGUUUUAAACUUUAGAUUCUAAAAAUGUUUACAUACAGUAUUUAACCUUGGCUAUGCAUUUCCUCAAUAAAUCGAGAAUCCAACACAAUCAAA